CCUUUCCUAUUUAUUACAGCGUGGAGUAGGUGACUCGUCUCGUCUGACGCAGAUCGCUCCCCCUGCCUGUUGUUCCCGAGGCAUCCAGAAUAAACCUGCAAGAUGUCUAAAGACGUCCCCCGCGAGCCAGAGCAGCUCCGCAAGCUGUUCAUCGGAGGCCUGAGCUUCGAGACGACGGACGAGAGUCUGCGGGCUCACUUCGAGCAAUGGGGGAGCCUCACAGACUGCGUGGUUAUGAGGGAUCCCACCAGCAAGAGAUCCAGGGGCUUCGGCUUCGUCACAUACUCGUCAGUAAAAGAAGUUGAUGCUGCCAUGACUGCACGUCCUCACAAGGUGGAUGGAAGGGUCGUAGAACCCAAACGUGCGGUUUCCAGAGAGGACUCAAAUCGCCCAGGUGCACACAUUACAGUGAAGAAGAUCUUUGUUGGAGGCAUCAAAGAAGACACAGAAGAGUCGCACCUGCGGGAUUACUUCCAGCAGUUCGGUAAAAUUGAGGUGAUUGAUAUCAUGACCGACCGUAACACGGGAAAGAAGAGGGGCUUCGCCUUUGUCACCUUUGAUGAUCACGAUUCGGUUGACAGGAUUGUUAUCCAGAAGUAUCACACAAUAAACUCUCACAACUGUGAAGUGAGGAAGGCCCUCACCAAGCAGGAAAUGCAGACCGCAGGAAUGGGAAUGAGAGGAGGUCGGAACAGCGGUGGAAGGCCAUACGAGUAUGACAGGGGCUUCAAUCAAGAAUAUUCUCCAGGUGGCAGGGGGGGCAGAUAUGGAGAUGGUCCUUACAAUUGCAAUGAUGGUGGUGGCGGCGGCGGCGGUGGUGGUGGCUAUGGAGGUGGCCCCGGAGGUCCUGGGGGAUACAACAACAGCGGGAACCGUGGUUAUAACCAGGGUUACAACCAAGGUGGGGGCGGCGGUGGUGGUGGAUAUGGAGGAGGGGGAGGAGGAGGAAAUGGUUAUGAUAGCAAUGGCUAUGGCAACUGCGGUGGUGGAGGAGGCGGUGGCGGCAGUAACUACAACAACAUGGGCCACUAUGACCCCCAGGCUUCUAACUUUGGGCCAAUGAAGAACAACUUUGGUGGCGGCGGCGGUGGUGGCGGCAGGAACUUUGGAGGAGGUGGAGGUGGCUAUGGAGGCGGCUCAAACAAUGGAGGUGGUGGUGGCGGCGGCGGCUAUGGCCGUCCAGGGAGAUUUUGAGAUAUGGCGUGGACUGAGUACUUAGGAGAGGAGAGCAAGGAGAGGAGAGCAAGCGAAGUGACAGGGCAGCUGCAGGUUUACCUCCUAAAUCUGCUCAGCCAAACAGUUGUGGCAGGUUACAGCUGCUACAAGAAGAGAUGUACAGUAGAUAAAUCAUGGAGGGCCUUCAUUUAAACCUUUUGUCUUCUGUUUUUAUUUUAACAAAUGUGUCUGGGAAGUAAGCAUUCCAAUGAGCGUUUUAUGUUUAUAUUCAAGUCUGGUUUUUAUUUGUAAUUGCAUCAAAUCUGAAAUAAACCACCUUUCAGUUUUCUUUUUUUUAUAAAAAAAACAUGCGUCCUGGUAGCUUCUUCAGUGGUCUGGGUAAGGGAGGGUUGACUGUUAGAUUCUCUACAAAAUAUGGAUCCAGUUUCUACAAUAUUUGAGUGGUGCAUAAAUGCUACCAUCGUCAGAAAGAAUCCAUCCCUUGGUUACCUGAUGUCCACAAAACAUCAUCUGGAGGAUGCUAGCUUACAUGCAAAGUCUUUGAGGCUAGCCAUGGAAGCAAGCUGAGGGAGAGAAGUAGCAAAACCACCGCCAGGAUCAUUGAAGCAGGGGAGAGUGAGAACAGAGGCCUGAGGCUAGCAGGCAGCAGCUACCAAAAGGCUAAACUGCUGUCUGUAGGUAAGACCAGACUUCUCAACUACUGAUAGUGUAUAUCUUGCUUUGCCAUGUAGCUGGUAGUGAGUUUUGUAGCACAGUAAUGAUGUAACUGUUAAAAAUUUGACUUGUGCCAAUGUUGAUGGGGACAAGAAGAAGGCCUCCGUAACUGUUCUUUGAGGUCCAACGUAAUGUUGCAUGCAAUCACAUUAUUAGACGAGCGUUAUUGAGUACUUAUUACUAACAUUGUGCCACUCCUCCCCAGGCAAUGCCAAGAGGUCUCCAAAACUGACAUCAUUUCAGUGACAAUGGCUCAGUCAGGUACAGACUUUUUUUUUCUUUCUUCAAUUUAUUCAUUAAAACUUUUUUUAUAUAAACUAACAUUUCUCUUUUUCUUCCCCCAGGUCAGCUGAAAUAUGCUAAUUUUUUAACAUAAAACUGCCGUGCAGUGGUUUUUUUAUAAACAUUUUUUUAACCUUUUUUUAAUAAAGUAUUUUUGAUACAA